AUGAUGUCCAUCGAAAAAGUACAGAAACGAUCAUCUAGCCAGGAUCUGCCUUUAAGUAGUGACAAGGGGGAAGGUAAAAAGCGGAAAGUGGAGUUCGCAGACGGCUUGGUCCAUAGCCGCCACCGGAAUGAAUUAGCCGAUGAGCAGCCGCAGGACUUCUCUACAAAGCUGUAUAAGGGGUAUAUUAGAGAUGCCCUGGACGAUUUAGAGACUUCAAAGGAUACCGGGAAGCUGGAUACAAUUGCCAACCAGCUAUCACUGUCAGCAUCUAGCCCCGACCGUAUCUCGGCGGAGAACUUUGCUAUACUACUGGAAAUGCUGGGCAACAACAUAACCAAGAUUGACAACAAACGGGGAGUGGCUAUAGUACGUGCAGUACUUAACUUUGAGAAGUGGUGGGACCUGCCGCCGCUUACUCUAGGUAAUUAUGUAUUCUUUCUACAGAUACUAUGCUCGAGUAUACCCAAGUGGUGGCAAGACGUAUCUAUGUUGCUGAUCUCCAAUUUUCGGCUUCCCGUGGACAAGACAACCAAGCAUCAUGAAAUCCUCAAAUACUUCCUCAGGGCCAUUCCCUCAUCGUCCAACUUCAUUGACUCAUACAUCGCCAAGUACUUUCCGAACAAAAACGACUCCAAAAAAAACCUCGUGAACUACAUCAGUAAUGUGCUGACCCUUACUGAAUACUGCGAGGAAUUGCGGUUUCAGGCAUGGUCUAUGAUUAUCGAGAAAAUCAUUGCCGUCGAUGUGGAGCUUCAAAAUGAGCUGGACGAGCUGGACGACGAUGUGGACGAAGAGAUCGACGACAAGCUUGCAGACAGCGACGACGGGGAGGAUGAGCUACCAGGCGACGAUGACGCCGCCGAAGCCUCGACCCAUAGCGCCGACGAUACAUCGUUCGACUCGGAGGACGAACAACUGGAGGGAAACGAAGAAUACAACAUUGAGGUCACUCGCAACAUCAAAGAGCUCUCCAAAAAGCUGGACGUGAUUCUUUCCAUGCUCACGACUAGGCUCUCUGAUGCGCUCACGCCCGAGACCCUGGAGUCCGGAGAAGGCGUCAACACUUUCAACACCCUGGUCUCCCUCUUCAAGAGCCAUAUCCUGCCAACCUACUACACACGCUCCGUUCAGUACCUCAUGUUCCAUGUGUCGCAGCAGCAGCCCCAGCUCAUGGACGCAUUCCUCGUCACACUCAUCGACAUCGCCUUUUCGCCGAACGAAACCAUGGAGAAGAAGAUCAAGUCCCUGCAGUACCUCGGCUCCUUCAUCGCACGCGCCAAGAAGCUCACACAUACUCAGAUAACCUUUGUGGCCAGCUACCUCACCUCCUGGCUCAACCGCUACGUGCUCGAGCGCGAGGAGGAGGUCGAUCUUCCCGGCGGCAUGGACCGCUUCAAGCAUUUCUACGCGGCCUUCCAGGCUCUCUGCUACAUAUUCUGUUUCCGCCACGCCCUCUUUCGCGACGGCAACGCAUGGGAGUGCGACAUCGACGCCUUUUUCCAGCGCACCGUUAUCUCCAAGUUCAACCCGCUCAAAUACUGUAACGAAAACGUCAUGCUCAUGUUCGCGCGCAUCGCCCAGCACGAGGGCAUCGUCUACUGCUUCAGCAUCAUCGAGAACAACAACAACGAGCGCCUUCGCGGCAUCAUGGGCAAGUCCUCCGAGCGCUCCGACGGCCUCGCAAGCGCCACCGGCGCCGCCAGCACCUGGUCCCUAGCCGCCAGGCAGCAGUUCAUCGACCUGCAGUCUUACUUCCCCUACGACCCACUUUUCCUCAAGCAAUACAAGAACCUCAUGCGCGACUACUACAUCGAAUGGAGCGAGAUCAGCGCUGAUUACGAGAGCGACGACAGCAAUGAGUUCACUGAUGCUGCCUGA